GAUGUAUAACAAAGCUAUACACCCAGAAAAAGCGCCAUUACUUCCAAAUCAUGGUAAUACGACGAUAUGACAGUUAAACUAUGAUUUAUUGAAGUUGUGCUUACAUCGCAACCUUGACUCGUGUGCGUGCACCGUGUUUAUGCGAUGUCAUAAAUCAAGGUCAAGUUCGAAGCCACUUCUGAAUGCACCUUUAGCCUUCCAUGUCUGAGCCCAAGUCCCUGGGUUCUGGUGGUGGUGUUCCAGGCCAGAGAAGCUCACAGGGGUGUCCAGAGAUGGUUAUAGUGAAGCUGGAGGACUGCGGUCAACCACUGGUGCUAAAUGUGAUUGUCAAAGAGGAAGAGGAGGAGAGAGGAAUCUGGGAGGAGGAAGAAAUUAAAGAGGGGGUGGAGGCAGGUCCAGUCAAAGAAGAAGUGGGAGAGAGACUAAUGAAUGAAGAGGAGGAGAAAACACCAAUCAGUGAAGAGGUAGAAGUGAAGAUAGUCAAAGAAGAGAUUGAGGAGAGACCAUUAGAAGAUGAAGAGAUGGAAGAAGUAAAAGUCAAAGAAGAGAAAGGGAACAGGGACACAACUGCUGCAGAUCUAGGGGAAGAGGAGGGAGAGGAUUAUGGUAUGGCUAAUCCAGCUAACGGCUCCAACCCUGGUUCAGACAGUGAGUCCAGUACCACAGCAUCAGAAAACCAUGAAGAACACAAACAGGGGACCUCAAUACAGAAUUAUCACCACUGCGUGAACUGUUUUAGUAGUUUUUAUGAAUCAGAGUUGAAAAGUCACAUUUGUAGGCCCUGUUCAGAUUGCAUAGGCAGUUGUAUUGGUUCCACUCACCUCCUCUCUCAACAAACUCACAAUGGAAAGAAUUAUCUGUGUAGACAAUUUGCAAAUAGCUUUGCCACACCCAGACAACAAAGGAUGCUUACAAGGGAGAAGCUGAUCCAUUGCUCUGAAUGUGGGAAGUGCUUCAGUAAGGCAGGAGACCUGAAGAAACACCAGCGAACUCACACAGGUGAGACACCAUACCACUGCGAUCAAUGUAAGGAUAGUUUCACCAGUUUAUAUUUCCUAAAGAAACACCAGAUAACACACUCGGGAGAGAUGCCUUACCGCUGCUCUGUUUGCGGUAAAAGUUUCGCUCAGUCAUCAACUCUGAAGACCCAUCAGAAAACUCACACAGGAGAGAAGCCUCACCACUGCUCUGUGUGCGGGAAAUAUUUCAGUCAGUCAUCAACUUUAAAGACACACCAGAAAACUCACACAGGAGAAAAGCCUUACCACUGCUCCCAAUGUGUUAAGUGCUUCAUUAAUUUAGCUGAUCUAAAGCGGCACCAGAGGACAAUACACCUUGGAGAAAAGCCUUAUCAUUGUUCUCAGUGUGGGAAGAGUUUCAGUCAGUCAUCAAAUCUGAAGAAACACCAGUUAACUCAUACCGGAGAGAAACCUUAUGACUGCUCUCAGUGCUGGAAGAGCUUCAGUCAGGCAGCAGCUCUAAAGAGACACCAGCUAACUCACACAGGAGAGAAGCCUUACAGCUGCUCUCAGUGUGGGAAAGCAUUCAGUCGUUUAGGACAUGUAACAAAACACCAGCGUACACACACCAUAGAAAAGCCUUUCCACUGCUCUCAGUGUGGGAAGAGCUUUAAACACCUUAAAGAACAUCAGAAAGCAAUGCACAGUGUAGUUCCCAAAAGUUAAAUUAACAGCAGUGCUCAGUAAGUACU